GAGAAAGACCUACUCCACGCAAGCAAUGAUGUCUGAGAUUUGCUAUUUUCUAUACGCUUCUUCAUCGGGAACUCAAAACGCUUCAAUUGGUUCUCGACUUACUAAAAAUAAAAGGUAAAGCGGAGGUGGUCAUCUUUAAACGAAGAUAGUGUCGUCUCCCAUAGUUGACAUCAGAGAGAACGUAGAUCGAAAUAAUAUGGACUCAAUACCGGAAAUAAUGUUUGCUGCCGGAGAAGAGCCCGUCGGAGUCAGGGUUCUGACCUACCAAUCAUCUCGAGCGAUAAAAAAAAUAAUCAAAGGGCUUGAUGAAGAAGAAAUACUCUCUAUACGGGCGUCGUCUUUUGGGAAGAUAAUCGACAUCGGAGAGAAGCCUUUGUUUUCGGGGAGAUUCACGAGGUACAUGAUGUCAAGACAGCUGAAGGUGAAGAAGAAGCACGAGGUGUGGUUUAGGUUUGCCGGUCAGCCGAUUAGGUUCUCGUUGAGGGAGUUUGCAAUAGUAACUGGGCUUCCAUGUGGUAAAUUUCCACCAAAAUCGAAGAUGAAGAUGAAAGAGACUAUUACCGAGAAGCCAUACUGGCCUUCGUUGUUUGGGAAAGUGGAGGUUGUGACUGUAUCUUCCGUAAUCAAGAUGCUUCGCCGGAGAACCGUGACGGAUAGAGAAACCCGGAUUAAGUUUGCAUGUCUGGCUAUUCUCUCUUCUGUCCUGCUGCCUACAAGCCUGAAUAUGAAGAUCUCCAGAGAGCAUGCUGAGGCCAUUGAGGAUAUGGAUGACUUCUAUUCAUUCCCGUGGGGGAGAUUGGCGUACGAAAUGCUGAUGAAUAGUAUAAAAGAAAGAGAUGAGAUCUCACUGUCACAAAACACUAUUGCCGUGAAGGGCUUUGCUCUAGCUCUUCAGCUAGUACUGGUAGAAGCUGUACCCUCUUUAACAGAAGUAGUCCAAGAAACAUGUUCUUCUUCAGAAUCAGAAAGCGCCGACGAUGUUGAGGAAGGGUCUGAAAGGUCAUCCAAAAAGCAAACGCUAAGCCCUGCUCACGCCCGUAACCUCGACAAGAAAACCGAGGUAUAUGUGAAGAGCAUAAUUGAUGAAGAUCCAACCCGACCAUUGGAUGAGAGUACACUCGGUUGGUAUGAUGAGGUGGAAGAUGUUGGGGUGGACAAUCUAGUGAAGCUUAUAAAUCAAGGCUAUAAGUUUUGUGCCUCUAUGUUUAAAGGUGGAGCGACAAAGGCAGAUGUGCAGAGGAUGAGAGAGGAUGCAAAAGAAAGAGCUAAAGAGAAGAAAAGUAGAAAAGCACCAGUGAACCCAAGCACUGUAGAUGGAGGAAAUUGUGAAGCUGCUGCUGGUUUGAUGGAUAUGAUAAAGCCGGAUCUGAUGAGGAUUGAUGGGAAUGUGUCUUCUACAAUGAGAGCCGUUAAUGAUAUGAUCACAAAGAUAGGAGUGUGGCAUGGGGCCAUAAAAACAGAGGUGGGAGAAUGGAUGGGGAUAAUAAAAGAGGAAAUUCAAGGGCAGAUUAGCUUGGCUCUUAAAGAAGCAGAAGGAACAUCAACACAUCCUCCAGCAGUUCCUAUAGUCACACCACCUGCCCCGAGAAAUCCAGUAGGUGGAGGAAGUGUAGAGGAUAGUUUUAUCGGAAUACCAUUCGAAACGUUAUGGGAAGCAUCGAACAGUACAAGACGCCUCUGCGCCAGAACAUCCAGGUUCAGGAGGUCGGCGUUGCUGACGGACGUCAAAACGUUGGAGCCGAAGCCAACGUCACUGUUGAUCCACAGAACGACGGGACUGCUCUAUCAGCAUCGAGCCACACUCAUAUGAGGAAGGAUGGAGUCAAUGAGAUAAAUGUACCCGACAAUGAGACAAAGGAACAAGUACCCGAAGCUCCUAGUUUUUCACUCGGUCUCACUCAGCAGGAGAAGAGUCCUUGUAAUGAGCAGUUAGGGGCAGUACGGCUAGCUGCAGAUCUAAAUGUUGGGCAUGACGAAGGCGAGGAGAAUGUGGAGGGAAAUAACGUUUGUAGGAAAAGAAAGAGACAAAAAAAUUUCCCUCCAAUUUAAUGGCCGAUUACGAAUGCGGACAUAACAUAGUGGGUCAUGGUCGUCAAGCCCAUGUGUUGCUGCUUGUGUCGCCAGACAGUGAAGUGACUAUAACCAAGUUCCAGCAAUUAGGGGAGAAGCUUCUGAGCUCAUUUGUUAUCAAUGUGGCUGGACUAUCUGUGUCGGAUAAGGACAUUAAGGACAUCGCUGAAAGAUCCCGUCCUCUCUCCGCGAAGGUUGUCGAUGUAGUCACCCGUAUACUCCGUACAGUUCAAGACAAAUAGUCAAACAGUGGAGGGAGUAAAAGAGAUGAGUUCUUGAUACCAAAUUUUUUGCAUCUCUGUCAAGAAAUUACUCUAAGUUCGCCAAGUGCAGGAACAAAGAAGGUCACAUGUUCCCAAAAGGUACAUUGGAUUUUCUAUACAAUAUAAAGGAUUCAAUAUGUAUGAUACGUCAGUUUUACCUGCCAUUCAACUUUGACAAAAAACACUGGGUGGGAGUUUGUAUUGACUGCGAGGAGUGGAAAAUCUAUGUCCUCGAUUACAAGUGCUACUAAAUCAUCGUAAAGACCAUCCCAUCUGGAGAAGACCUUGAGUUACGAAACCGGAAUUUAUUUUUGAUCGCAUACUUGGCCAUGUGGUGUUUGAACUCUUCCCUACUUUUGAAAAUCAUGCCGACGUAUACAAUGUCGUCUAUUGGUUGCUUUGAUCCUACAAAUUUUCCAUAACUGAUGUUGAUUAGAAAUCAGUAGAUGUAUGUAAAUAACUCUAAUUAUCACGUGUGUGGUUUGACUAAGGAUUAAUGAUUUAAUAACAUAGAUUGCAUU